CAGCCGCACGGCCAGCCAAUUAUCUGCCACGUUUCAAAGUGGCUGUCACGCGGAGAUUAUAUAUUGUGCUUCCUGCAUUAAAUUAUAAUUCGCGCGUCGCGCAAGAGUCAUUUCUUUCAUUAUCGAGAAAAAUGCAAAUAUUACGGCAACUUGAUGUGCAUCCGAAAGUGCGCGAAGAGGCGGAUAUUCUUGUGAGAACCUUUAGCGGUGCCAUCGUUACAAUUAUUAGUACAAUUAUCAUGGGUGUACUAUUUAUGUCGGAGAUAAAUUAUUAUCUUACACCAAGUAUGAGCGAGGAAUUAUUUGUGGAUACAUCCAGAGGUUCUAAAUUAAGAAUCAACUUGGAUAUAAUAGUUCCUAGUAUAUCUUGUGAUCUUUUGUCGAUAGAUGCUAUGGAUACAACUGGUGAGCAGCAUUUGCAUAUAGAGCACAACAUUUUCAAAAGACGGUUAGACUUAAAUGGUAAACCUAUAGAGGAUCCACAAAGAACAAAUAUUACAGACACUAAAGCUGUCAAUAAAACUAGAGAGACUGGAGAGAAGGCAAUGGAGGUCAGUUCCACCGAAGCCUGUGGAGACUGCUAUGGAGCUGCCACAGAGUCGCUGAGAUGUUGUAAUACUUGUGAAGAUGUACGGGAAGCUUAUAGAAUCAAAAAGUGGGCUCCACCAGAUCCAGCUAAUAUUAAACAAUGUCAAAAUGACAGAUCUAUGGAAAAAUUCAAACAUGCCUUUGCGCAAGGUUGCCAAAUCUAUGGUUAUAUGGAAGUGAAUAGAGUUGGUGGGAGUUUUCACAUUGCACCGGGCGAUAGUUUUUCAGUGAAUCAUGUUCAUGUACAUGACGUUCAGCCUUAUACUUCAACACACUUCAAUAUGACGCAUAAGAUUAGACAUUUAAGUUUUGGUCUCAAUAUCCCAGGAAAAACAAACCCUAUGGAUGAUAUAACUGUAAUUGCAUUGGAAGGUGCUAUGAUGUUCUAUCAUUACAUUAAGAUCGUUCCAACGACGUAUGUUCGCGCGGACGGCUCGACCCUGUUUACAAAUCAAUUUUCCGUAACGCGGCACGCGAAGCAAGUGUCUCUGUUCACCGGCGAAUCUGGGAUGCCAGGUAUAUUCUUCAGCUACGAAUUGAGUCCGCUCAUGGUAAAGUACACGGAGAAAGCAAAGUCGUUUGGACACUUUGCGACGAACACUUGCGCCAUCAUUGGCGGUGUGUUUACCGUAGCUGGACUAAUUGAUUCGUUACUCUAUCAUUCGGUGCGCGCGAUACAGAAGAAGAUAGAGUUAGGAAAGUAUAAUUAAUAACUUGGGUCUGGUUACAACAACGUUAAUUAUCGCUAAGCCUAAUCCUAUUCUCCUUUUUUAUUGAUAUAAACACGCAUUUGCUAAAAUGAUAAAUCUUUUGAACAAUUUGUAUAUUUUAAAAUAAACGAAAUGAACUGCUAAAAAUAGAUUAGGAUUAGCAUUAAUCGUUGAUGCGACACAGCCUUAGGAAAAUAAUUGAUAAGUAGAAUUAUGGAAAGUAUUACUAUGAUUCUUGCUACACCUUUGUUUUACAUUAAAAACGAAAUUUUGAUGUUUAUUUCGUAUUUAUAUUAAAAGUUUCGCAAACAUGGAUAAGUAAAAUUUAGAAAAUAGCAAUAUCUAGCGUCAUAUGUGAAAUACUUAGAAUUUCUUCUUUUACUGCGAUAUAAAGAAGAUGAAUAACAACAAGUAAUGUCCAUGCGCUAAAUAUCUGUUUUUUUCGCUUUUUAUUUAAAACAAUGUAACUCUCUUAACAAAGAUGUUUACAUAAGAAAAUUAUUUGUAUAUGACAUGUACAUAAAAAAAUAUAUAAAAUA